GGACCACGACAAGACAGUUAUCGCUAUGCAGUCACACCUGGAGAUGAAGGUGGUAAGAAGAAAGGAAAGAAGGGGAAGAAGGCAGACAUGGAUGAGCUUAAACAGGAGCUUACCAUGGAUGAGCACAAAAUCCCCAUUACAGAGCUAUACAGUAGAUUAAACACAGAUCCUAACAUGGGCUUGACACCAGAACACGCUAGAAUGGUACUAGAAAGGGACGGACCAAAUGAAUUGACUCCACCCAAGACAACUCCAGAAUGGUUGAAGUUUUGUAAGCAGCUGUUUGGAGGUUUCUCUAUGUUGCUGUGGAUUGGUGCCAUCUUGUGUUACAUUGCUUACUCUAUCCAGGCUUCCCAAAUGGAGGAUGUUCCAGGAGAUAACUUGUAUCUGGGUAUUGUAUUGACUGGUGUAGUGGUAGUUACUGGUUGUUUCUCAUAUUAUCAAGAAGCCAAAAGUUCAAGGAUUAUGGACUCAUUCAAGGACAUGGUACCUCAGUAUGGAAUUGUUAUCAGAAAUGGUGUAAAGAAAGACAUAAGGGCAGCUGAAAUGGUUGUUGGUGAUAUCGUUGAUGUGAAGUUUGGUGACAGAGUGCCUGCUGAUAUCAGAAUUAUCUCUGGCCAUAGCUUCAAGGUUGACAACUCUUCACUUACUGGAGAAUCCGAACCCUGCUCCAGAACACCAGAAUUUACACAUGAAAACCCACUGGAAACCAAGAACUUGGCUUUCUUCUCAACAAAUGCUGUAGAAGGUACAUGCCGUGGUAUUGUAAUCAAGACCGGAGACAAAACUGUCAUGGGAAGAAUUGCCAAUUUGGCAUCUGGUUUGGAAGUUGGAGAUACCCCAAUUGCAAAGGAAAUUGCCCAUUUCAUCCAUUUGAUUACUGGUGUAGCUGUGUUCCUUGGAGUCACUUUCUUCAUCAUUGCUUUCAUCCUUGGUUACUUCUGGUUGGAUGCCGUCAUCUUCUUGAUUGGUAUCAUUGUGGCUAAUGUACCCGAAGGUCUGCUGGCUACUGUCACUGUAAAAGACAAAUUGAUAUAUUUUUUAGACUCCACCUACAGCCGAUCUGACCCAUCUUGGUUGGCCCUGUCCAGAUGUAGUAUGUUGUGUAACAGAGCCGAGUUCAAGGCAGACCAGGAAGAAGUACCAGUUCUUAAGAGAGAAUGCAAUGGUGAUGCCUCUGAAUCAGCCUUGUUGAAAUGUGUUGAGCUGUCCAUUGGAAACGUUACCCAAUUCAGAGCCAGGAAUAAGAAGAUCUGUGAGAUCCCAUUCAACUCCUCGAACAAAUACCAGGUAUCUAUCCAUGAAACUGAAGAUCCAAAUGACCCUCGUUGCAUCUUGGUAAUGAAGGGUGCCCCAGAACGUAUCCUUGACAGAUGCUCAAGCUACUUGAAGGAUGGAAAUGAGUAUCCCAUUGAUGAUCAGUUCAGAGCCGCUUUCAAUGUUGCCUACAUGGAACUCGGAGGUCUUGGAGAAAGAGUAUUGGGAUUCUGUGACUAUGUGUUGCCAAUUGACCAGUACCCACCAGGCUACCAGUACGAUGGUGAUGACCCGAACUUCCCAUUGACCGGACUCCGAUUCAUUGGUCUUAUGUCUAUGAUUGAUCCUCCACGUGCUGCCGUACCCGACGCUGUAGGAAAAUGCAGAAGUGCUGGUAUCAAGAUAAUAAGCACAGUACUAGCAAUAGUGAAAAUUGUAUUGUUGUCUUUUUUUAAACCAGUUUUGUUCUCCUGUUACAGAUUGAUCAGUAUGGCUUAUGGACAGAUUGGUAUGAUCCAAGCUUCAGCUGGGUUCUUUGUAUACUUUGUGAUUAUGGGAGAGAAUGGUUUCUGGGCCUCCAAAUUGCUUGGACUCCGAGAACAGUGGGAUUCCAGAGGUGUCAAUGAUGUACAAGAUUCAUAUGGACAAGAAUGGACAUACGCACAGAGGAAACGAUUGGAAUACACCUGUCACACAGCUUUCUUUGUGUCAAUUGUGAUUGUACAGUGGGCUGAUUUGAUCAUUUGUAAGACAAGAAAACUGUCCCUCUUCCAGCAAGGAAUGAAGAACCAUCACUUGACUUUUGGUCUUUUCUUCGAGACAGCUCUUGCAGCCUUCCUCACAUACUGUCCAGGUCUUGAGAAUGGUCUUCGUAUGCAGAACCUCAGAGCAUCAUGGUGGUUCCCGGCCUUGCCAUUCAGUGUGACCAUCUUUAUCUAUGAUGAAUGUAGAAAGUUGAUACUCAGAAAUAGGCCUGGUGGCUGGGUAGAAAAAGAAACAUAUUAUUGAUGUAUGUCUGUUUCUAGUUUUAUCACAAUGAAAAUAAUAAGAAAGACAAUGCAGCAACAAAAGUAUUGGAACCAAGGAAUAACAUUAGUGUUGUGUUCAAUAAGAAAUUCCAGGAUUUUGUUGUGAAAAAGACACAAGAAAUUGUCCAACAUUAUUAUUUGUUGUAUAUAAAAGAGCUUUUUGUAGAUUUUUAACUUUAACACAAGACUUUACAGGAUUUCGGGGCAUGCAGCUUGUGAAAUAUAAUGGAGUGUAGCGUUGUUGAAUAAAAUGCAAAAUUUACAUUAUGAUUUUAUAAGGAAAUUUUUAUAUUAAAUUGUUUUUUUGUUAACAGAUGUCUUAAUACGUGUACAUGGAGAAGAGUGCAAUUUUUAUGUAGUUUGUCAAGGAUUUUUUUCUUCAUGCAUUAUGAAGAGAUAUUUUAUUAAUGGAAAGAAAAAAAAAUGUUUUAAGGAUUGAGGAAUUGGCAGAAAAUGUAGAGUGUCUUUGUUUAUAUCUGUGAGUCCAUGUGUCUGUGUCAUAACCACCAACUCUGUUGGUUUAAUCUGCAGUAAGAACAGCAGCUAUUGUGAGUCCAUAAGGUUUUGUAGUAACACCAGCAAAAUCUUGGUAAUGACAUGUGUUUUACAUCAUUACAUGUCAGAAUAAUAGUGUCUGAUUACUCAUGUACCAUCUUUUGUGUAUCGGGCAUAAAAUGUGUGCUUUAAACAUCGUUGUACACUAAACAAAGUUCACUGUUUACACAAUUUUUGUCAGUACUCAAUCUGUUUAAGACGUUUGAACGAGUGAAAGAAGCUGUCCACAGCUGAUUGAACAUAUCGAAUCUCAUACCCUGUAUUUGCUGGCCAAAUGUUUCUUCUAGGCAUCAUUCCCUUACAGAAGAUCGCAUUCUGGUCAGGGACAUACAUGGGAGCCGUCCUGAUUGAGAUUGUUGUAAGGGGAGAGAAUCUUUGAUGAUUUUAUUUUGCAAUUUUUCAUCUUUUGUGUCAAGAGUUAUUUGCCCCUUAAGAGUUUGAAGCCAAGAACCAAGAAGGUUAUGAAGACUGUGAUACUUGAUUUUAUAUCAUUAUGACAGUUUACGUUACAGGAUUUCAAACUGUACAGAGAUACUACCAGACAAACAGUGUUUAAGUAGAGUCGAAAAGUUUGAAAUAUUCCAAUUUCAUCAAGUCGUUCUCUUACAGUCUGAAAUCCUGUGAUAUUUUUCAUGUUAUGUGACUUGGCAUAGUAUGGGAUCAUUACACAAAGCUUGUUUUGAUAAAAUUUGUUAUUUUCAACCAUUGUGAAACUUGUUAAUAUAUUUCCAUAUAUUUUUUUUUUCUCAUCGCUCAAAUUUUUUCUAGCUCUCUUAUGUUUGUCUCUUGAUUUGUACAGUUUAAAUGUUACCUCUAGAAUAGAUCUGUUGAAAACUGUUAGAUUUAGAUACAUAUUAUUAUGACCAAUUGUAUAAGGGCUUGUAAAUGGUUUCCAUUGACCUUGCAAUUUGACAAAGGGCAUAAAUUACUUAACAUUUCAUACUUGUUUGUAGUUUUUGUAAAUUUACAAAUGAAAUGACUUCUUUGUUAUAACAGAUAUAGAAACCAUUUUAGAAUAAAAAUUUAGAAAAAACAAAAAACAACAGGAAACAAUGAUUUGUUAAGCCAUAGCUUUAUAUUUAAUAAAUAAAGGUACACAAAUUAAUAUAAUAAAAGCUUAUAUUGUCAGUGAAUAGUCUUUUUAGUCCUCAAAGGAAUUCUGGUGCAUUUUUUCUGUUCCACUGAUUUUAUUGUUUUAUCAUACUGUAUUUUACUCUCAUUUAUAAUCUGUAUUUUUAAAAUACUUUUGUUGGAUUGAUCUUACUUGACUGCUUUUCAACCAAGUUAUAUGUAGAUUUAGAAUAUAUAGUCUGGAAACAGAUAAAUGUUGUUUUUUUAAUGUUCAAAGAUAUUACACAAGAGCGAUAUAGCACCCUGCUUCUGGUCAUUAGAAAUAUUGUUGUUAACAUGUUUUUAUUUCUGAACACAUUCUUUGGUCAUUCUUGUACAUUUUUUUCCCAGAACAUUCCAACACAAAGGAAAAUAGAACCAAGGCGCAGAUUGAUCAAGUUUUAAAAUCUUGUUAAAAUGAAAUAAAAAAGAUUAAAUCUUAAGUUAUGUUUUGUCACAGUUUAGUUUUACUUGCUUAAAACACACAUAUAGCAAUAAUAAGGGUCGACUUUGUGAUUUGUGAUAUUUUUUUGGUUGGUUAUGAUUUUGAAGUAAUAACAGCUUUUUUCAGUUCAGUAAGAAUCAAUCUGCCCAUGAUUCUAUUUGACUACCUCACUUGCAAUGAAAUGAAAAGAAUCACCAGCUUAAUGUAUUCUUGUACAUUAUUUACAUGACCCCCUAGUCAACAUUGAGACUGUUUCCACACUUGGUUGGUGAAAAUAUAGAUAAUGAAAGUAAUAGUUUCUAAACCAGUCUAGACUUUUGACUUUUUCCAUUGGUUCAAUAACAAUCUACCAGUCAUAUGAUAUUGUAUUUUAGACUGUGUGUGCAUUCAUUACUUUAAGUUCUUGGCAUCGUCUACCAGAUUCUAUUUGUUUUUGUACUUAGUAUCUGUUUUUCUUUUCACUGAUUGAUGUCUAUUUUAGAUAAUUAGGUCAUGUCUAAUUUUAGAUUGUGAUUGUAAUCGUGUAUGUAUUUGGUGGUAAUGUCACUGAUGUACCAGAAUGUGUUAGGCUGUAUUUUUAUCACACUUUAUAAUUGUGUAGUAAUAGUAGUCAGUAAUGUAUUCAACACAGAUUAUGGUAACAUAUUUCCGAACAAUACAUGUACAAAAACAUCAUAAAUAUAUAUGUCAAAACAGUGGUAACCUGUAUAUUAUUUUGUAUUGGUUAAUACACAUGUAUGAUUUAAAAUAAAUUUUUAGAAGUCAA